AAGAUGAGCGCCAUGGCGUUCAGAAACAUUUAUAGAGACAUUUUCAAAAUGCUUAAUCACAGUGAACAUGCUCCAGAGAUGCUGGCGCAACUCAAUUCCGAAGAAGUCAUCAAUCGUCUGCCACUUCUCCUGGUUCUCUCUGUCUUGUCCGUUAUUGGAAUCAUCGCCAACACGCACGUGCUGUUUGUGUUUGGAACCAAAAUCAAGAGAUCUACAUAUCGUGUUUUCGUUCUGGCUCUUGGAUGCAUCGACAUGCUUGGUUGCACCAUUUCCAUCCCGUUUCAGAUCAUUGACGAAACCAAUCCCUACACCUUCAAUGCUCCAAUUGCCUGCAAAAUCUUCAGAUUUUUCGAUACGAAUUUAGCCAUUGCGGCUGCUCUGAUGCUUGUGGUUAUUGCUGCAGAGAGGUUUCGAAAAAUAUGUCGGCCAAACGGAAAACAAGUCACAGAAAAAAGAGCCAUCCGUUCUAUCAUUGCUGUAAUCAUUGGAUCAUCCAUUGCUACCUCUCCAGCAUUGUUAAUUUACGGUCGCCAUACUGUGGUCAUAGAAUCAGAAACAAACUUAAAUGGAUCAGAGUGUUCAUGGUCGGAUGCAGUUUCAAAUUCUUACUAUGGGUAUGUUUACUAUGCCCUGGAACUGUUGAUUGUAAUUUCUUGCAUGGUAUGCUUGACUAUUCUUUAUUCAUUUGUGGGUAAAUCAUUGAGAGCGCACAAUAAGCGAAUGAAAUCAACCAGGAUUGUUAGAUUUCAUGUAAAAAAUUCUGUAAAAUCUAGAAAAGCCCAGGAAUCGACAGAUUCCAAAACUGACGAGGAAUUGAAAGUGCGAGAAUCCAUAGAGUCAACGCAAACGGAUCGGGAUUCUGGGGUGGACUCUCCUGUUCCGAUGUCAAGUGAUUCCCUGGAAUCUCUUGAGAUCGAAAUACAAAUCAAGGAUUCAAAAGAAAAAGAAAGUUCGUCUACCAUUGAAGACGACGAUGUGUUUACAAACAAAGAAAGUAAUGACAGAAACAAUACAGAAAGUAGUGGAUUUUCGAGUACUUGUCAGUUAUGCGAGGGCGAUGAAUCUUCAAGGAAGAUGUCAUCAAUCAGGUACGUUUUCAGUAAAGUGGCCAAUGUACCGGAAACUCUUAAGGGUCUCGUAUUGAACAGAAGAGAUACUUCCGAAAGGACCCCUGUCACCCCGGACAUUAUCGUGACAGAUUGUACCAAUAACACAACAAAGAUACUUUCAGGAUCACACGAGGAUUUGGUCGACGAAAAAAAUGAAACUCAAGGCAAAGAAACAAACGAAUCAAAUAAAGCGAUAAAGACCAAAAAGACCCGGAAACCACUGAAGACAUUUUUAAGAAAAAGGAAAAAAUCAAAAACUGCCGAAAGUAUUCGCGAGCGCCGAAUCACUAAAUUGUUGUUUUUUAUAACCUUGACCUUUAUUGUGACCUAUUAUCCUUAUAUCAUUGUUUUGAUAAUCUACGCUGUGCGACCUGAGUUCAAGGACAACUUAUCAGACGUUGGUCGAGUUUUCUACCUGAUGGCCAUUAGACUUUAUCUCAUCAACAAUGUCAUGAACGCUUUCUUUUAUGGAAUGGGGAGAAAGGUGGCAGUGGUUACGGGAGCAAACAGAGGACUUGGAUUGGAACUCGUGAGGCAGCUCUGUAAGACGUUUGAUGGCGACGUCAUUCUUACGUCUCGAAUGACUGAUAAAGGCAGUGCUGCCUUAAACAAACUGAAAGUGGAAGGACUACGACCUAGAUAUCACGAGCUCGACAUUACCCAGGCUGCUAGCAUUCGGAUGUUUGAAGACUUUAUCAAGUCGGAAUAUGGUGGAAUUGAUGUGCUCAUUAACAAUGCCGCUGUAACUUACAAGAAAAAUGAACUAGUUCCUUUAUUUCGUCAAGCACAAUUAUCCAUUGAAACAGAUUUCAAAGGAACUCUAAAUGUUUGCAGAAUAUUGCUUCCACACAUGCAUCCUCACGGUCGUGUUGUUAUCAUCACAAACGGGUACAUAGGCAAAAGAAAGGAACUUGGUGAGAAACUGCAACAAGAACUUGACCUUGAAAAAUGCAAUAUGUACAAACUUAUAACACUUGCAGAUGAAUAUAUGAAGGCCGUCAAACAUGGCAACCAUAAGAGCUAUGGAUGGCCAGAUUCUCCAAUUGUGCUUGCGAAGAUACUCCUUUCGGCCUUAGCUCGUGUUUUAACGAGAGAACUUGCAGGAGACGUGCGACGUAACAUCCUUAUCAACGCGUGUUGUCCUGGAUGGAUGACGUCACAAGGCAGCGAAGUCUAUGUUGGCGAAGAUGGCACCUGCCAAGGUAUCAAACCUAGACCUGUAGAGGAGGCAGCAAAAGAUGUCGUCUGGUUGGCUACUCUUCCGGAGGGAACAAAAGCGCCCAAUGGUGAGCUGGUCCGAUAUAGAGAGGUCAUUCCUUUCGAAUGACUGACAUAAAGAUCACACACAUAAAAAAACAUCCUCAGGAUCAAUAGAGUAAUUCUGACUUGUACAAUGUGACUCAGAAUUACAUGUACCUUAGAAGCUGAAAACAAUCAAAAAGUAGGAUUGUUACUUUUGUGAUUACAGUAGUUGUGACGAAACACGUAGUGAUUGUGUAGUGCGGGUUAUCAAAGCGGAAGUUAAUCAGCAAUGUCAUCUACAAUUAAGGAAGCAGAACUAUUUGACUGUCGCUGAAUUUGUAUUGUUAUCAAUUACUGCAGAUUAUAAUAUUCUCCAAAAAGACACAUAAAAGUAACGGAUGCUUUAAAAAAAUCGAGAAUUGUUAUUGAAUGAAUAAAACUGUUAGUUUUCUCAAAAA